AUGGAUUCCAGGUGGGGCAAACAGUGCCAGACCGAGGUGAGCUGCUCGCUGUUACAUUGCACAGGUGACCACGUCGCCUUCAACUGGCUGCCCAAGGUUACUCUCGCAGCUCAAUCUGGCACCGCUGUCACCGAAGGCCACAGGGGCCACGGCGCUCAGAACGCGCGGCGAGUCGCCCAUGUCGAAAGGUGCGACCAGGAGGACCCUGCCGUGGGCGCCCCACCAGAGUUCCGACAGCCAGACCAACCACGGGCAACUUUUCUUCAGAGGGGCGACCGAGGAAAGAUUGUCCUAGACUACCAACCGCCAGCUGACCGCAAAUUCGACCCUUCUUCUGCAGCGCCGGCAGCUUGCAUUCCAGAGUGGGCGCAAGUCUACUUAGCAUCCACCGCCCUCACGCACGAAUGCGCCCACGUCACGCGCGACGUUGGACCUGUAGUCACCCCGGCCAGCGCGGCCAGGGGAUGGGCGAAUACGUUGCGCAAUCACCGCUGCGCGCCAGCGUUCAUCGGCGCGGCCAACCCGCGAUGGAAACGCGAAGCCCAUUCUAGCGGCAGCGACGAUCUUCAGGGCAACUUCCGACGGAACCAAACUGCGCCCAUCGCCAGCGACCCAGCCAGACACUGGUCGGCCCCGCCGACUCGCCUACUUUGCCACUGCGCGGCGACGCGGCGCAAGACCAACAGGGGCGAGACCGAGAGGGGGGCCUUGAUCGCCGCGCUGCCGCGGGAAAGAACAGGGAACAUGGCCAAAGAGCUCGCCAACAGUCAGCAGGCCCGCAGGAUCCUCGCGACCCAGGUCCACAAGAGGGCUCUUAUCCGGGACUCCGAGGGGAUGGCUACCAAUUCCAGGACCUAUUGCAAGCAGAAGUACGAGCUUCGGGACUUCAUGCUCCGCGCCGCAGAGGAGAACAGCAGUUGCUUUGAGUCAAGUGAGACACUGCAGCUCCUCGGGCAGCGCGCUGACGUGCUCGGCGCGAGCGCCUUCAGGGCGAUGCGUCAAUCGUGUCUUCGCGCCCCGCAGCUCCAAGCUGGCGCCUCAGACACGAGCUGCGCCGCGCACUGA